AUGGUCAUCCUUCACUGCCUCAUCCUAUGUCUUUCUCUCCUGGAUGUCGUCGCCGCUGCCGCCAUUAUCAACGUGACUCACGACGAUUCCCAGGAUGAGAGCCUCGACUCCGCCGUGAUAUCGUACCUUGGCCCAUGGUCUCAUCAACAGGUUGCGCCUUGCAAUGGCACAGAUCAGUGCACUGACCCACUUUCUCGAACAAGGAAUGGGACCUGGUCAUCGUCUAUCUAUGUACAAAACUCUCGAUUAGAUGACCAACCCCCAUCGGUGAUGUUUCGCUUCUACGGAACGGCUGUGUACGUCACCUGUGUAUUAAUUCCGCACGACAUGUUGGGCAUUGAUGCCAAUUCAGACAUGCUCUUCAUGUUGGACGGGGCCGUCACUGGUCGAUUCGCUCGUCAAUCACCGACAUCCGGUAAUAUAUCACUCGCUACUGUUUUGACGUAUGAAUCGCUUCCGAAGGGAUCCCAUACGCUCCGCAUACAGAACGGAGCAGAGGACGGGAAACAAACCCACAACGUAUCAGUGCUAGCGUUGGAUUCCAUCACCUACACGACCGAAGAAACUUCCACUCCUUCCCUAGCGUCCAAUAGCUUCGAUAAUUUCUACCAAGAACAGCGGCGGAAACAGAAAACGCACAUCAUCUUAGCUGCUGUGAUGAGUAGUCUGGCGGGAGUCGGGAUUAUUGUUCUCUCGUUUUGGUUUUGCCUCCGUCGCACGCAGCACAAGCCCCUGCUUCCUGCCAUCUUCCGGCAUCUAUCAACAUCAAGGACUGUAACUCCAUAUUCAAAGGCAUCGAGCAGCCUAACGUCGCUUCGAACCCCUUCGCCGCAAUCUCGCCAUGCCGACGACGACACUCAUUCCGUCCUCAGCAGCGUCCCUCCGUCGUACCACUCACGGUCGUCCACCGUAUCCUAA